AGGGGCGGGGAGGCGGUUGGUCGCGAGCCGCCCGGAGUCGGUUUAACCUCCAACCGUCAGUCGGCGCCUACGUCACCGCGCUUGGGGGAGAGAGAGAGAGAGAAAAAAAAUGGCGAGCGAGACAGGGAAGUACAGGACUGCCAUAAGCAAAAGUAAAGAUCCCUCUGGCUUACUUAUCUCGGUCAUAAGAACGCUUUCAACUAGUGAUGAUGUUCAUGACCGAGAAGCCGAAAAGGGCCGACUGGAGGAAGCUUAUGAGAAGUGUGACCAUGACUUGGAUGAAUUGAUUAUUCAGCAUUACACGGAGCUUACCACAGCAAUCCGGACGUACCAGAGCAUCACCGAACGCAUCACCAGCUCGCGCAACAAGAUCAAGGUGGUGAAGGAGAACCUGCUCUCGUGCAAAAUGCUGCUGCAUUGUAAACGGGAUGAGCUGCGCAAGCUGUGGAUUGAAGGCAUCGAACACAAGCACGUCCUGAACCUACUGGAUGAAAUUGAAAACAUCAAACAGGUGCCACAGAAACUGGAGCGAUUCAUGGCAAGCAAACACUACCUGCAUGCCACAGACAUGCUGGUCUCCGCUGUGGACUCUUUGGAAGGGCAGCUGUUACAGGUGGAGGGACUGAGUGAUCUGCGCUUGGAGCUGCACAGCAAGAAAAUUAACUUGCACCUGGUUUUGAUCGAUGAGCUGCACCGCCACCUUUACAUCAAAUCUACAAACCGUGUUGGAAACAGAAACCGGGACAAAAACAGAAUUGGCCCUCAGCUCGGCAAGGACACAUCUCCAGUGCCAUUUAUUGACGUUACCACUUUGGUAUCAACCCCCAGGAAACUUAUGGAUAGUUCCCAGUAUAUUACCUCAGGGAACACAGCUGUGAAAGAGAUAAAUCUGAGAGAUAUAAAGGAGGAUCUAGACUGCGAGCCAGAGGAGAACAGUAUUCUUUUCAUGGGAAUCCUGAUAAAGGCCUUGGUAAAGCUGAAGAAGAUCCCAGAGACAAUUAAAGCCAUCAAGGAGCGUUUCAAUCAAGAACUGAAGCAAAUUAUGAAACGGUCAACAACCCAGGUUGCAGACAAUGCUUAUCAACGGGGAGAAGUCCUUUCACAGGAGAAUCAACCCAGGUUAUUAUUGGAGCUACUUGAAUUGCUGUUUGAAAAGUUCUAUGCCGUAGCUGCAGCUCAUAAGAUCGUUCUCAGCUUUCUGCAUCAAAUGGUUGUUCUGCCUUCUGGUUUGAAUGAGAGCGAGAUUAAACUGUAUGAUAUGGCAGAGGUGUGGGCAAGGAUCCAGGAUGUACUCCAGCUGCUGUUGACAGAAUACUUAGACGUGAAGAACACCCGGACUGCCUCAGAACCUUCAUCACAGCUCAGCUACGCCAGUUCUGGGAGUGAUUUUGCUGCCUUCUUUGCCAAAAAGAGACCUCAGAGACCCAAAAUGUCCCUCUUUAAGUUUGAGUCGUCCUCACAUGCAAUUAGUAUGAGUGCAUACCUGCGCGAACAGAGGCGGGAGCUCUACAGCAAGAGUGGAGAACUACAAGGAGGUGCAGAUGAUAACCUAAUUGAAGGAGGAGGCACAACUUUUGUCUGUAAACCAGGGGCUCGAAACAUAACUGUCAUCUUCCAUCCAUUGUUAAGGUUUAUUCAGGAAAUUGAACAUGCUAUGGGGCCUGGGCCAGACAAGCCGUGCCUACUGCGAGAAUUCCUCACCACGUACAUCAAGAACUUCUUUCUCAACCAGGUUCACAUUGAGGUGAACAAGGAAAUUGAAGCCGCAACCAAGGUUGCCGAUCCCUUGAAAGUGUUGGCCAGUGCCGAUACCAUGAAAGUGUUAGGAGUGCAACGGCCCCUCCUUCAGAGCACAGUGGUUGUGGAGAAAUCAAUGCAGGACCUCGUGAACCUGAUGCAUGACCUGAGUGCUUACUCAGACCAGUUCCUUAACAUGGUGUGUGGGAAGCUGCAGGAAUACAAGGACACUUGCACUAUAGCCUACAGGAGUAUAGUUCAGUCAGAAGACAAGCUCAUCAUAAGUGCUUCUUGGGCAAAGGACGAAGAUAUCAGCCGACUGCUGACAUCCCUUCCCAACUGGACAAGCAUGGCCCAGCCGCGACAGCUCAGGCCUAAACGAGAAGAUGAGGAAGAUCUCACCAGAGCUGCCAAUGCUAAGGAGUCGGAGGUCCUGACAGGAAAUUUAGGUGACAAACUGAUACCACAGAACGAGAUCCUUCGAGACGUCAGUGACCUGAAAGCCUUGGCAAACCUGCACGAGAGCCUGGAAUGGUUAGCAGGCCGGUUAAAGAGCUUCUUUUCCAGUCUACCUACAGCGCAGUCUCUCUCUCCAGGUCAGGAUGUUCAUGUAAACAUGGACAUUCCUCCAGUGUCCGAACAAAUUAUGCAGACUCUCAAUGAUCUUGCAAGGUCCUUCCAAGAUAUGGCCGACCGCUGCCUUCUGGCCCUGCAUCUGGAGGUCAGAGUUCACUGCUUUCACUACCUGAUCCCCCUCGCAAAGCAAAGCAACUAUGCCAUCGUUGCUAACGUGGAGAGCAUGGACUAUGACCCACUCGUGGUGCGAUUGAACAAAGACAUCAGCGCCAUCGAGGAGGUGAUGAGCGGCAGCCUGCAGCAACACAAGUUCCAGUACAUUUUUGAAGGCCUGGGCCAUUUGAUUUCCUGCAUUUUGAUCAACGGAGCCCAGUAUUUCAAGCGGAUCAGUGAAUCGGGGAUCAAAAAGAUGUGUCGGAACAUCUUCGUUCUUCAGCAGAACCUCACCAACAUCACCAUGUCUCGAGAGGCAGACCUGGACUUUGCAAGGCAGUACUAUGAGAUGCUGUACAACACUCCAGAUGAAUUGCUGAACCUAGUAGUGGAUCAAGGGGUGAAAUACACGGAACUGGAGUACAUCAACGCUCUGAGUCUCCUUCACCGCAGCCAGACAGGCGUAGGAGAUCAAACCACUCAAAACAUGCGUGUGCAGAGACUCAAAGAGAUCAUCUGCGAACAGGCAGCCAUCAAACAGGCCACCAAGGACAAGAAAAUCACCACUGUGUAAAGACCCAGCGAAUGUACCACAGACAGGGACUUGCCAAAGAGCAGCUCCACCCAACAUAGAGUUAUAGAGAUG